AUGUGGAAAUAUGAUACUUCUUCGAUCAGAAAUGAGGCUGAGAGGCACUGGUUGGAAGGAGAAAUUGCUGACAUACGGAACGUUGGGCGUAUUGUGGUAGAGAUGCUUAGGAUAAAGCCUUGGAGCCAACAUUUGGAGAAAGUGAUCAUUGCUGAACCUCCUACCCCGGCAAGAGACUUUAUGGUCAAAUGUCGUACGUGGUUACCAAAUUCGAAAGUUGACAUAUCUGAUUUGAUUCAGGAUCCAUUCAUAAACCCCCAGGUUGGUGCUAGCGGCCAUCUCCAACAUGCUGCCCAAUUCGUCAAAUCUCAAUUCGAAAAUGCUAAACAAACUGGCUAUUCAGUUUUAGAAAAUGUUGAGGAAAAAGCUGCACAAACUUCCCAAACUUUUGGCCAACUUGCUGGCUCAAGUUUUCGCCGUGUUGUUAGGAUAACAAACGAAUUUGGUGUAGGGUUCCGAAAGGGCAAAGGCGAAGGAGAAGAAGAACAAAAGCAAAAUGCCCCAGCUAAUGCUGCAAAAAUCAAAGCUAGCCUGAAGGUUCCGCACGUUGCCCCGAAAGUCGAAGAUGCUGGUGCCAAGUUUCAGCAAGACAAUGCCUUAAAAUCCCAAGCUGGUAACAAAUUUGCCGUAAAAGAAAAUGCUGAAAAAAAAAACCUAUUGCAUAUUGUCCUGCUCUAA